AUGUCAUGCUUUGAACAAAUACCUUGUCAUAUACUUAGACAGAUUGUUGUGGAUGUCAAUGAUACAUUCUCAUGUUUGUCAAUCUCGAUGAUAUCCGAUCCUCUUACUGGUCUACGCACCUACAUGCACCAAAUGUUCGACAGUCAUCUCAAUCAAUUCAUGAACAAUGGAUACAUUACACCUGGCUCUUACUUUGUAGUGGCACCUGACAUGUUCUCGGCCCCGUCCAAGCCUACCCCCAGGUCCAAGACCAAGUCCAAGGCUAAGCCCAAGACCAAAGUAAUUCCACCUGGUACCAUAUAUCUAUUCUUCUCUGAUGAAUUCAAUCAGAUAUUGAGGACUGGUGACAUUCCAUCAUCUGUGGAAUACGUAUCAUUUGGCAAGAAUUUCAAUCAACCAUUGACACCUGGUAUCAUUCCAAACUCUGUAAAGACAUUGAUGGUCGAUGAAGACUUUAAUCAACAAUUAGUCAUAGGAUCUAUUCCCUCAUCAGUGACCUCACUUCACCUUCUUAAUGGCUCGGGUCCCAAUCACCAGGUUGGAUCAAUUCCAAACUCGGUUACAGAGCUAUUCCUAACGACCAGAUGGCUGCCGGUUGGCCUGAUCCCUAUCUCAGUUACCCAUCUUGACUUGCAAUAUGAUGGAUCAUGUGGACCUUGUGCACCAGGUGCCAUUCCAGAAUCGGUCACAAAUUUAUCAUUUAGAUAUUAUGCUGAUCCAUCAAUCACAUUUGGAUCGAUCCCUACAUCAGUCGAGGAGUUGACUCUGGUUGGGACUAUCCCAUCACACCACGGACUCAUUCCAGACUCUGUCAAGAGAUUGAUAACAUUCAACGAGUUCCCAAAUAACUUUUUGGUAGUUCUUGGUGAGCACGAGAUAGAGUUGCCUAAGCCCUGUCCAGACUCAUUCAAACAAUUUAUCACUUCUGGUGAUCAAUCAUUCAAUCAACCAAUCACUGGAAUCAUUUCAAAUGGAUUAACUUCAUUGGUAUUUCCUGCUUCAUUCAAUCAAAUCAUUCAACCAGGUGAUAUCUCAUCGAGUGUGAUCAGGAUCAAGUUUUCACCAAACUCUUAUUUCAAUCAACUAUUGAUACCUGGAUCACUGCCGUCAUCACUUACAUCACUCAAGUUUGGCACAAUGUUUGAUCAAUACUUGGAUCCCGGUAUCAUUCCAUCAACAGUAUCCACACUCUACUUUGACAGUGGAUUCACACAAUCACUGCCAGUCGAGUCCUUCCCAGCAUCAUUGCGUCGUCUAAAGAUUCCAUACCAAGUGAAUAUCCCGAGAGGACUGCAUCCACUGUCCGUCCUCCAUCUGGUGCUCAGCGACAACGACGAUGACCCAUCACACUUCUUCGAAUACUUUGACUCUGGAGUAACCAAUAUGUACACAAUUACUCUGGGCAAGUUCUAUUUCGAACAUAAAGUAGUGAUCAUUCCUCAAUUCGAUCAACAAUGGUCACUGGUACUCAAACCCAAUCUAACAUGCUCAGGAUUCAUUCCACGUAACAAGUUGGAAUCGUACCUCGACGAGUUGAUGUCCGCUGUCAGCGCCCUGGAGAUCAUCACAGAGGAGUUCACCGAGUUGCCCGUCCUUGAAGAGGGAACGGAGAUUGGUCCAUGGAGUUGGAUUGUGCCAGACACAUUGUCCCCCAUGGAUGAUGAUGAUUCGAUUGAAUGA